AUGGCGUACCCCUGGAAAUGCGCCAUUGCUAUCACCCCUUCCGGAGUCCGUCUCCUCCUCCUCUGGUGUCCGCCUCUCGUCUCGCCUUAUCCCUUUCUCCUCCCCCGUUACCCACUCGACCCACCCACGGCCACCACCGAUGAUGUCCAUCACCUCCACCACCGGGACCCCACUCUCCAGGGGCGGACAGCGCGUCUCCAGGGGCGGACAGCGCGGAGGCAGGUGCGCCGUCCGAGCCCAAGCGGCCGGAGACGGGGGAGCGGCGGAUUCGUCCUAGCAGAAGUCUGUGGAGAUAAUGCGCAAGUUCUCGGAGCAGUACGCCCGGCGCUCCAGCACCUUCUUCUGCUCCGACAAGUCCGUCACCGCCGUCGUGAUCAAGAAGAAAAAACCUCUUUUGUGCACGGGCUUGCUGACCACAAGGAUCAACUCGGAGCUCCUCUAUGCCCCUGCAGGCAUUAUGACGACAAGGCCGCCGAUGCGGCCCAAGGCUUCUGGAACUGCCCGUGCCGUGACAAUGAGGAAGUUGGUGAACCUGUUGCCAAUUACUUUGGAAUUACUGGACAAGAGACCACGGUUCUUGCUUACACUGGGAAUGAAGACUCUAAGAAGUUUUUCUACAGUGGUGAAAUAUCACUGGACAACAUUAAGCUGCAAUCCUGA